AGGCUCUAGUGCGGCGAAAGGGGAUAAGUGAAAAACAUGGCGACCGAAAAACGUUCGUACUCACCGUUUUAGUCGUCACUGUCGUCGUCGGACACGGAACCGUAGUGUGCUGUGCGCGUGUCGCGGUGAAUUGUCGUCAAUAUAGCAGCACGCACGACGGACACCGUAGUCCGUCGUCAGCUGUGUGUGCUUCUGUGUCCAGCGUGCAACAAAGUAUAAGUGCAGCACCGCGCGGUCCCCACCAACGUGUUCUCCAUCGUCAUUAGUCGCCAGCAGUGUCCAGGAGAAACACCAAGUACGGUGCGAUGCGCCAGUGCCAGUGCCAGUGUUAAUAGCUAGCUUUCGCUAGCGCUGGUGAAAUCACUCAAGAAAGAUGAAAACCUUAUCGCGCUGCUCUGGCCAUCAUCAGGGGUUUGUCUCUGUGUGUUCCUAGUGUGUAAGUGCGUGGUUCAGUUGGUUGACCGGUGCAAGAAGGAGUGAAAAAUCGAUAAGCGAAAGUGCAACGCGUGGAAAAAUGAUUCCAAUUUCCAACUUCACUACCGCCAAGCUGGUGGUAAUUCCCUUUAUCCUCUAGUGUGCGUAUAUCUGCUGCAGCAUCCUUUGCCGCAGAACUCACUCCCUCGUAAACAAGUGCCAAAACCCGAAAAUUAGACAGAUUAGUAGACAGCGAGAAGAAGAGAGCAAGAGAGAGAUCGAGCGAGAGAUGAGUUCCUUGUUCGCCACAUUUGGCUGCGAAAAGGCGACGACAUACAUCCUAGCAUGCGAUAGAUGCAAUCGAUACUAGCGAUAGCAACGACGCUGGAGAAGCCAGAAUUCAUCUGCAGCCGGUCGCCAACAGCACAGCAGCAGCCACUAGCACCUGCGACCCCUUCCAAGUCGCAACGACGACGACGACCACGACGACAAGAUGAAUCCCGACCGGAACAGCCGGAAGUAUCGCUCCGGAAACAAUCUGUACAGCGAUGAUGAGCUGGAAUUAUCAUCGUCCCAGGUGCUGGAGAAGGUGAAGCCAGAUCGUGUUACUUCCACAAAGCCGGAUGAGGAUCGACGCCGUCGUACGAUCAUCGUGGAGAAGAAGAAUGGCUCGUACGGGUUCACGCUACAGAGCUACGGUAUCCACUACCGGAAGGAGCAGGAGGUGGAAGUGAUCACAUACGUCGACUACGUGGAGUACGAUGGGCCGGCGUACCGGGCUGGGAUGCGCGAGGGAGAUGUCAUCCUGUCAAUCAAUGGCUACGAUAUGGAGAAAACCGAACACAAGGAUCUGGUUAACUUCAUCAAAAACUGUGAUAAUCGGAUGCGGAUGGUGGUCCUGUUUGAGGAUUGCUGUCGUAAGGUCGAGCUACAUCUGAAGUACAUUCAGCUGCAGGAUCUGCUCAAGUGCAAGAUGGCCGACUUGGAGCGUGUUUGUCUGCGGGAGCGCGAGCUGCUCGAGGGCAAAUGGAAAACGCACAGCCUACCGGCUCGGAAGAAGGCCACGGUAAGUGCGGCCGACGGGGAUGUCGACCCAGGCUCGACGACUGAUGUCGAGAGUGGACCGUCCGGACCAUCCUUCUGCCGACCGGCAGCAUCGACCGAGGACGUCAAGAAGCUGCUACGCCAAAAGACGUACAUCGUGCCACCGCCGGCACAGUUCAUGUUGGCCUAUCAUUGCCUGGAUAGCAACUAUCGCUACGUCAUACACCCGUCACAGUCACAGCCGGCCUGUGAGGGAGACACCGCCGACUAUUCCGGCACACACCAGAACACCACGGCCAAACUGUGUAAGGAUCACGCUCAGCACAUGAUGCGUGGUGCUUCGCUCGAUAGCAGUAAUAUAGGGAGUGGUGGCUGCAAGCAGCAGUCCCGUGGUGACCCGGGAGCAUCACCGACAAAGAGUCUUCACAACUACGACACCAAGGGUAGCUCCAAGGGAGCAGGAGGAGGAGGAGGAGGAGGAGGAGGAGGGGGUUCAGGAGGCCGAAGAAGUCAUCUGCAUGGUCACUCGUGCAAUCCCUGUAUCGGGCACUUCCUGCGUGGUGGCAGUAAUGAUAAGCAUCGUGGCACCGACAAGGACAAUACCAGCUUGGAUGCGUACGAUCUCGCUAGCCCGUGCUGCGAUUCGCAUUGUGUGCCGUCGCGCCGCAAGUCCAAGCACCACAAAGACCAUCAUCAUCACAAGCACAAACACCGGGACCGGGGCGAUCGGGAGUCGAGGGAUGGUGAUCGCAAGGGCAGUGAUCGCAUCCCGCGUCCCAAGUCUCAGCCACACAUUUCACCGCAGUCACAGCCAAACUAUCUCUAUCGCCAUAAAGACAAGCACGAUCAUCACCAUACGAAGGUGUACGACCUGAACGCUAGUCUCGCCAGCCACUGUAGUCUGCAUUCGUGCACCUCGAGCGAGUUCAAUGCGACGGCCACAUCGGCGGCUGAAAAUCCGUCGCCCGCAUCCUACAGCACCUCGAUCAGUACCGAUACGUUGUACUGGGAACCGCACAGUGAGUCAACGACGGCCUCUUCCGGUGGUUCGCUGCACAAGAAGCCACCGGCUGGCAGUGGGUCUGGUGGCGGUGGCGGAGCAGCUGGUAGCACCCUGGGCCGCCCAGCGCACACCCACCAGCAUCACUACUACAUCCAGAAGUAUGUCCACCCGCAACAUCAUUCGGUGGCCGCUGGUACCCAACACCCCCAGCAGCAGCAGCAGCAGCAGCAGCUGGCCAUCUAUCCAAUCGCUCCGUUGGCCGCGGCGGUGCACAAACCCAAAUCCUGGGACAAUCUCGCUAUGAAAGGGUACGGUGGGUACGGGUACGGUUACGGUUACAUGGAGGUACCGACGAAACCGGCGGCGGCCGGUGGUGGUGGCCACCAGCUACCACCGACCCAAACGCGCACCCAGACCACGAUCACCAUCCAGCACCGGAACUCGAUCCCGAAGAAGAACGGUUACGAGCGGUAUUCGGCCGCGUUCGUUGAUGUGGAAAACUACGCUCCACCGCCAACCCAGUUUCUGCAUGAAACGCUUACCACGACCACAACGACGAUCACGACGAAAUCGACCGAAAAUCUACUGGCUGCUGCGUACAAUCGUUCCGAGUCGAGUUUGGGACAGUGCGAGUGCCAUGAGACGGUACCGCUUGUACCGUCGGGUGGAACCGGUGCGGCCAGUAUCUGUGGUGGCUGUUCUGCCGGUGGAGCCGGUGCCGGUGUGACCGGAGGUGGUACGGUUGAGCUGGUGCAUGAUAAGUCGGGAUACUACUCGAGCCUAGGGCACGGUGUUGCCCGGGACGGUGGAAAGAAAUCUAUUUCCAAUCUGACGGAAAUUGCGCGGCUGUAGAGUGUAGAGGCAGUGGUGCGGUUUGGGGUCAGUUUAGUUCCGUGGCGAUCGGCCAAAGGAUCCUUUUGAGGUUUCCAGGAGAAAUAGAAGCACAGCCUCGAGAAGCUGGCUAGAUGCAGAGCCAAUCGCAGUAAGCUUAUCCUCUCUUCACGAUGAUAGAUCGAGAUGGCCAUGGGCAUGUUUCCCUCCAUACCAGAGUGCAGGCUUUUUAGUGGUUCUGAAAAAUGGUGAUCGACGGUGCGGUUGCCGUGGCCAAGCACUAACUACGUAGUGAUUGCAAGUACGUCUCUCCAGCUCGAGUUGCUUUUGGGGCCAUUAUUAGGUAAACGAUCUCAGCAGCAGCAGCAAACUUUGAUAUUCCUAAAAACGUACGCGAAUGCUCACACCCAUCCCGUAGAAAUACUCAGAGGCAGAGGGACGGCUUAGGAGACAUGUGCAUGGCAUGUUGUAUGUGUGUCUGUGUGUGUGUCUGUGUGCUUCCAGCGAUUUACUACAACUUCCACUAACCACUAAAACCCAACACAUUCCAGAGUAGAGUAGGACACCAGCGCGCGGUUCCUUUCCAGUUAAUGAGUAGCCAAAAUAAACGAUAGCAGCCAAAGGCCUGAAGAAAAUUCACCAACACCAUCACUAAGAAGAUAUUGCUCACCGGUACCCGGCAGCAUGAUGCGGCUGGUCAGUCUAAAAUAGAAGAAACAGUAGAGAAGUGAAUGAGGCGCGAUGCAAGGCGAUUGUAAAUCCAACCGCCGGAAUCCAUGUUGCAUGUUCACGGUUCGGAGAGUCCAAAAGCGUGCGCGAAUGCCACAAAUCCGUCGUAGAGAAAGCUUUCCAAUCUUGUGGGCAAAAUGUAAAUUAGCCGCGUGGGGUUUGCGCGGGGAGGUGUAGGUGUUUGGAAUGAGAUUAUACUGGAGAAAUACAUACUUUC